CAAGAUUUAGUCAGUGUUUUGGCUGCAACGACGCGAUAAUGAAGUCACUCACAUUUGUUUUAUCAACGAUGUUAACGUUCUGCCUAUCGCCAACGUUACAAAACGAAGCAACAAGAAAUUAUGACUUGGCACCGCUAUAUCUCAUACCCCCGAACUUCCUCACUACAUCCAUCACAGAAUUAAGAAAUUUUAUCGGGAGAAACGGAUACAAAGAGAAAAAUACGUUGGGCUUCGUAGCAAGGAGUAGCUACGAUUGUAACGGAGAAGCUCGUCUGACACCUGUAUACCGUUUCGAAAACAAUAUGAGUCACCCUCCGGUGUACAUUUUGUCGACCAAUCAAAGUCCACCUAACGAAACCACAUUACCGUACGAGUCGGAUGGUAUUGCAUUCUACGUUUCAGCUACGGCGAAUGAGCGCUGCGGACCGACUGUACCGUUGCACAGCUAUUUGGUUCAGUCUCAUUAUUAUGUUUAUACGACGGAUAAAGUGAGUGCGGAUAUGGUGUUAGUUGAAGUGGAAGGUGGAACAUACAAAGGAAUUGUUUGUCAUAUUUGGCUAAGCGAUAAGCCACCAGUGCCAGAACCGACCACCACAGUUCCAACCACUACAACAAGACCAACCGCAACAGAACCAACCACGACAAGACCGACAACAACAGUCCCAACCACAACAGAACCAACCACGACAAGAUCGACCACAACAAGACGAACCACAACAGAACCAACCACGACAAGGCGAACCACAAUAAGACGAACCACAGCAGAACCAACCACAACAAGACCGACCACAACAAGACGAACCACAACAACAACAAGGGCACCACCGCCACCACCACCAAAUUGUCCAGUAAACCAAGUGCAACUUUUGCGACUGUACGGACCAGCAACAAUGGACCAUUUCUACACAACUUCAGAGCCAGAAGCUCAAAACGCUUCAGGCUACGGUCGAGAGACAUCACCUGGUAAAGUAGUGACAUCAGCAACAGAUUGCUCUUGCGGAAACGAAUUCGUUCCCAUUUAUCGGUUACGCAAAACUUUCUUUAAUUUGGUAUUGGAUCAUUUUUAUACGAACAGUGACUACGAAGCUAAUAACGCCGCUGGAUACAAUCGUGAUGGUAUCGGAUUCUACUGCUCUCCAACUAAAGAUCUUUGUGGAGCAUCGAUUCCACUGUAUAGAUAUUGGCGGGUCUUUUUUACCGAUCACUUUUACACUUCCGACAUUGAAGAGGGGAACAAAAAUGUUAUACCGUUCGGUGGUAAAUACGAGGGAAUCAUGUGCUACAUUUGGCCAUAGAUGCACGUUUCGUGUUUUAAGCAAAGAUCUUGUUUUUAUUCAAUUCGAGUUCUAGCCAUAGAGCUACACUUGAGAGUUGUCGCCUGUGUGGACAUACCUAUACAUGAUAUAUCCAAUUAUAACACUUAAUAGUU